AUGGAGGCAGUGCCUCUUGAAAGUCCCAACUCCGCGUUCCACUCUGGAGUCAGCUUCCAUCUGCGGAGAAUUCAUCAAUCCAAAUGCUUUUUGUCAUCAGCAGAGAGUCCGCAUCACCACGAGCCCCUGACACUGGCUCCCGAAAGCACCCACGUCAUUCAUGACUGGUGCUCCAUGCUCAACUUCCAACGAACAACUAGCCAGCUUGGCUAUCUCUUCGACAGCACCAACUCAUAUCACGCCUUGGUGGUCGUAGUGGGUCAAGCCGUGAGCCUAGGACACAUACUUGCAGGAAGCACUUCUGAAAUAAUUGAUCCGACUACCGCUGUAGCCAUGGCCACCCGUUUUCCUUCUAAAGCUGCAAGGCUGAAUAUUGCUCUAAUGGUUGCUCACUCGCUUCUUGAGCUAUUCCCAAGUCCUUGGUUCCCAGGGGACUGGGACAAGAACGACAUCUACUUCUCUGUCAGCCCAGACGGGAGCGUCAACACUGAAGUGCCUUUCCUGAUUUCCAGGAACGACAGCACGCGCACCAGCAACGCGCAGAGCCAAGAAGGCAGAGAGUCUGCGGCAGAAUCAACGUCACAUACAUCGAGACCUCAUGACCAUGGAAAUAUCUUGCUCAGCCUCGGCGUCUUGAUCCUCGAACUCUGGUUCGGCCAGCCUCUCGAAUCUCAGCCUUCGUGGCAAGCCAACUUUGGCCGCAAUGGCAAGGAAACAGAGUUCACCAAGUUCAACGCCGCAGCAACCUGGCAACGGAUGGUUGGGGACGACGGUGGACCGAGACUACACAGCAUCACUCAUCGAUGUGUUCACGGCAACUUUGGCUUGGACACGCAAAGCUUAGAAGACGCAAAACUGAUCAAGGCGGUUUAUGAGAACGUAGUGAUGGAAUUGCAGCAUGUUUAUGACGGAUUUGUCUCAUGGGAGAGGUCGUGA